CUGAACUGAUCAAAGACACAGAGAAGACUUUCAUACUCAGGGAACUCAUACAAGGACAUGGAAUCUACAGAUGAUUGAUCUAGAUUCACACCAACAAAAAGAAAAUCGAAAAAAUGAAUGAUCUAUUUCAUAAACUCCAUAUUGAACUUAAGCACCUCAAUAACCUGAGAGCUGCAGAUGUUCUUCAGAUAAAGAAACAUCCAAUACAAUCUAAUGAGUCUUAUUCUGAAGAGGAGCUGAUUCAGUCUUUCCUACAAAAAGUACUGACGAUGAACUACAGAGCAAGAUACAUAAAAACAAAGGAAAACGAUGAACAAGCUCAAACAGAAGACAACUGUGAAUCGCCUGAGGAUGAGAGUGAUUUUUUUGAUGAUGAUGUUCUUAAAGACAUAUCUAUUUCAGACAAUAGUACAAGCGAAUCUAAGCAAAUUCACCCGAUGGAUAUUCAGAUGGCUGUGUUUCAUUGUGCUGAUGGUUUCCUGAAGCAGCUGAUGGUCACUAAACUGUCCCAGUGUCAGUUCGCUCUGCCUCUGCUUGUUCCUGAUCUGGUCACACAACAGAUUGAGUUUCCUCUCUGGACAUUCAGACAAAUCAACAAGAGCUGGAAGAUGAGAAACACAAACAAUGAAACCAUCAGUCAAACCCAGCCGAUCUACAAGGCACAAACUCCAAUGGUGUUUUUCUUCAGGUUUGGCUCUGUGUCUUCAUCCAAGUCUCAGCUGAUGAACAGUCUGAUCAAUGACAAACACAACACGUUCUUCCACAGGAACUGCCCAGGCAGCAGCAGAUCUAGAGUCCUGAUGGAUGGAGUGGUGGAGAUUGCCUGGUUCUGCCCUUCUGGGAAAAACACAGAUAAAUUCACUGACUGUGUGGCCUUCUGUAAUCUACAUGGAGAUGCAGGAGACCAUGAGAAACAGUGGAAAAUCCUCACUGAGAUGGCCUCAGUCAAUGUGGUUCUUCUGCCAGGACUGAACAAGAAUGACAGAAUUGCAGUAAGAAUACAAAACAUGUUCAGUGAAGAAAAGCCACUGAUUUGUCUUUUUACUGAACAUAAAUUUGCAAGUAAAAAAAGCAAAGGAAAAUGUAAAAUUGGUCUUAAAGACAGAAAUCAGUCAGAAGUAUCUGAAGAACUCAGAGGAGCUAUAAAUGAUUGUCUCUCAGAAUCAUCUUCCACUUUCAGACUUGAAGAUGUGUCCAAACAUUCAGACAUCAGAGUAGAUGAGGAAGAUGAUGAAGACUGCAGAAGAGGAAGAGCAGCAGCACAGCAGAUGAUCAGUUUACUGGAGAAGAAAAAACUGACAGAAAUCAAAGAAUCAUUUCUGCCUCUUCAGGGGAAACUGUGGCAUCAGUGGAGUCAGAAGAACAAAGAAAUGCAUCGACCUCGAGGAGAAGACAUAGAGAUGGAAAUAAGUAAAAAAAAAGCAGAAAUGCUGAAAGUCCGUGAACAGCAGCAUGAAUUCAAAAUAAGUGAAUCUAUGAAGUUUUUUAUUGCAGAAAUGAACUCAGCUAAUGAACAACAGAAAGUUUUUUUUCUUAAAUGGCUUGGAAUCUACCUGGAUGAACAUACAGCAGAAGGUCUUUAUGCUCUACAUUGCAAUUAUAAUAAAAAAUGGUCAACGGUCUUAAAAUUGAAAGAGAACAAUAAUAACUCUGAACAACUCAAAGCUGAAGAAACUGAACUUCAGACAAUUUCUGCAGAUCUUCAAGCUGCCGCCUUUGGUCUGGAGCACAUCACAAGAGAGAUUGGCCAGAUCUAUGAAUCAUGUUCAUCUGUGAAGGAGAACAAGAAAGACCUGCCGGUUCACUUCUCUUCUCUCCCGAGUCUCGCAGCAGAUAUGAUGAUCUCUGGGUUUCCACUGGAGCUGAUGGAUGGAGAUGCUGCUCAUGUUCCUCUGGUCUGGAUCUCUGCUGUUCUUGAUCAACUCAUCCAGAAACUGGGAGACCAGACCAGAGUCUUUGUGCUGUCAGUUUUAGGGAUUCAGAGCUCUGGGAAAUCCACCAUGCUGAACGCCAUGUUUGGACUCCAGUUUGCCGUCAGUGCUGGCAGGUGCACCAGAGGAGCUUUCAUGCAGCUGGUCAAAGUGUCUGAGGAGAUGAAAACACAGAUGAACUUUGACUAUAUUCUGGUUGUUGAUACUGAGGGUCUUCAUGCUCCAGAACUGGCUGGAAGAUCAACAAGACAUCAUGACAAUGAAUUGGCCACAUUUGUUGUUGGUCUUGCAAAUCUGACACUGAUCAACAUCUUUGGAGAAAACUCAUCUGAGAUGCAGGACAUUCUUCAAAUUGUGGUUCAGGCCUUCUUGAGAAUGAAGAAGGUCAGACUAAAUCCUAGUUGUGUGUUUGUGCAUCAGAACGUAUCAGACAUCACAGCUGUAGAAAAAAACAUGGAGGGAAGGAUACGACUGCAAGAAAAACUGGAUGAGAUGACAAAACAUGGUGCAAAAGAGGAAGUCUGUGAUGCAGAAUGUUUCAGUGACGUCAUUAGAUUUGAUGUUGAGAAUGAUGUGAAGUAUUUUGCUCAGCUCUGGGAGGGCAGUCCGCCAAUGGCUCCCCCAAACCCAGAUUACUGUGAUAAUAUUCAAGAACUAAAGGAAACUAUUAUAACUUGUGCCUCAAAAUCAGAUGGAAUGUUGCUCACUAACCUAACAGUUCGUAUUAAAGAUCUCUGGGAGGCUUUAUUGAAUGAAGGAUUUGUCUUCAGCUUCAGAAAUUCUCUGGAGAUUUCAGCCUACAGGAAACUGGAAACUGAAUACAGCAAGUGGUCCUGGAGUCUCAGAAGUGCCAUGCUGGAAAUUGAGAACAAACUACUCAACAAAUUAGAAAAUGAAGCAAUUCAUGAGGUUGAGGAAACUGGUCUACACCGAGAACUGAAGAAGACAAGAGAAGAGGUAGAAAAAUCCAUGUCUGAGUUCUUUGACAAAGUCAGUGAUGCAAAUAUACUGAUUCAGUGGAAAGCAUCAUUUGAAAUCAAAAUCAAAGAGCUUCAGGAGAACAUUGUGAAAGAAACAAAGAGGAAGGUAAAUUGCAUUCUUCAGCAAAGAGACAUGAGGAAAAAGAUUGAUGCUCAGAGGACACAUCAUGAAAACACUCUCUAUGAAAAGAGCAAAGAACUGGCUUUAAAACUUAAAGAAAAAGCAAAUGAUGAUAAGACACUGAGCAGUGAGUUUGAUUUGUUUUGGGAACAAAGUUUGAACAGGAUCAUCACAGCCACUCCUCCACUCAAAGACAUAGACAUAAUGAAAGAUGUAAGAAAGAUCCUCAAUGACAUUUAUGAAAGUAUUCCUGUAGACCACUGGAACAAGAACAUAGACAUUUUUGCCAUUUCACAUUAUUCAGAAUAUGUUGUUUCCAGAAAAUCCACAAAAAAUAGGGUUAAAAAGGCUUACCAAACAUUUAAAGAGAAAAUUGGAUAUUCUCCAAUUCUGUCACCUGUUGAUGAAGCCCAGAUUCUGUCAUUAAUGAAUAAUGUUGUUCUGGAAACAGAGAAAAUGAUUGACUUAUUUAACAUUUCAAAAAUGGGAUACAACAUCAGCUACAUUCAACAACUCAUAGGUUACAUUAAGACAAGAAUAACAAAAUAUCAGGAAGCAUCAUUGAAAUAUGAGUUUAAAAAUGAAUUCUUUGUUGACUUGGUUUAUUCCAUCUGUAAAAGAGCACACGAUAAAAUCAUUGACCAACAUAGAAUGUUUAAAGAAGCCAAUGAUCCUGAAAUAUAUGUCAAGAGGAAGAGAGAAGAGUACUACAGUAUUUUCCAGAAAUACUGUCAUGGAGCAACAUCAGCUGCUAUUUUUGCUGAGAUCAUCUGUCAGAAACUGAAGAAGCCCCUUGAGCAGAGCAUCUACAAGAAAAUUGCCAGAGAUUUAGCAGAUGAAAUGAGAUCAAACUGUGAAUCACUGAAUGGAAACAGAUCAAAUCUGGAGAAACACAUCCUGAAGACACUGGCAGAAGAGGAGGACUUUAAAAAAUACAGGACCUACAUUCAUAAACCCAAAGAUCACUUCAAGAGUUUCAUCAGAGAUGAAGUCAGUCGCUACAUCAGAGAUAAGUUCAGCAUCAGUGUUUUACCCAAGAUGAAGGAGAACAUUAAACUCCUGCAGCAGAAGAUCAUGAACGCAGCACAUCAAUCUACUGAACAUGUUCAAGUCAACAGUGGAGAUGUUGGUUUGUGGUUGAAGAGUUUCACACAGCAGCUCUCAGAUCAGCUGAUCUUCUCUGAAAAAGACCUCAGUGGAGUCAAACAUGAUGAUGUUGAUGAUUUCAGACUCCUAGAAGAUGUGAUCAGACAAGAGCUUCCUGCUGUAAUGUCAGACAUCAGCAGGAGAUUCAACACAGACACAUUUCCAGUAAAGCUGGACUAUAAGUUCAGGCCAGAUGAGCUUCUGAUUGAUCACUUCUGUCAGUGCUGUUGGGUUCAGUGUCCAUUCUGUAAAGCCAUUUGCGCAAACACCUUGGAGGACCAUCCGGGAGAUCACAGUGUUGCUUUCCAUCGUAAUACUGGACUGAAUGGAUGGCAUUACAGUAAAACAACAAACUUGUCAAUUAGCAUCUGCACAUCAGCGGUGGCAAGUGAUCGAUAUUUUCGUCCCAAUCACUCAGAUGAUAGGUUCCCCUGGAGAGAUUACAGAACAGCAGGAGGAGUUUAUGCAGACUGGAGCAUCACUCCUGAUCUCUCUGAACUGCCCUACUGGAAGUGGUUUGUGUGCAGAUUCCAGAAAGAUCUGGAAAAAUACUAUGAUAAAACGUUUGAGGGGUGGGGUCAGAUACCAGUUGAGUGGAGAACAUACUCAAAACAAGAUGCUGUUGAAAGCUUAGACCAAUAUAUCUGACAAGUGAAAUAGGUUUCUCUAAAUGGGACUUACUGUAUUGUCACUUUUCACAAUUAAUAGUCUCUGGUCUGCUCAGAAUAUGUAUUUUAAGAUUCAGCUCAAAAUGCCACAUAGAUUAUUUUACUGGAUGUCCACUUUGGCUUUGAACAAAAAUGUGGUGUUAUCUUGUGCUUUUGUAUUUCAAAUUUAAGGGAUGAGGGAGGGAUUCUACAACUGUUGAAGCAAAUGAAGUAAUGUGUUAUCUAUAUUGAAAAUGUCCACAACUUAAGCUCAUUUCACUCUGCAAUUGACAAACAGACUGUUCAUUAUGCGAUGUGAUGUGUUCAAUUAAAAUAUAAUUGUAUUUGU